AUGCGACCGCCUCUUCAGGCAGUGAGUGGGAGGAGAGUUUUGUUUAAGAACCAGCCAGUACAGUCAGUCAGUCAGUCAGUCAGUCAUAUUCUCUUUGAGUACAACGCUCAGCAGAGGAACCCGAACAACCCUCUUGCCUUGCUGUCUCCUGAAAUCACCAUGUCCUGCAAAGACCUUGAAUGCACCGUUUGCUUCAACAAGUACUCUCGUACCGGGAGGGUCCCCAGAAUCCUCCACUGCCAGCACACCUUCUGCGCACAGUGCCUGGAGAAGAUGUCCACCCUGGAGGGCGCCAUCUACACCGUCUCCUGCCCUCUGUGCCGCUGGGUCACCUGCGUCCAGGCCCGCCUGUCUCUGUCGGGGGGUCUGUGGAUCGACACUGAGAAAUGGGACCAGAUCACCGAGCCCAACAUUCUGGAAACCCAACCGCUCCAAAUCAUCCCGCCACCUCCAUCUUGCCCCAAACGUUCUGGUGCUUUUUCUGGACUCCAGCGAUUCUUCAAACGUGUGCAGCUGCACCAGCAGGACUGCUGAACGGCUGAGAGAGAAAAGAGCGUCGCUUCUAAGGAACCGAGACUUGGGGGCGCUUAAUAUGAAGUUUAGGCGUGUUCUAGAAGGACUGUGUUUAAUUUUCUUUUUUUUUGUAAGAUACGAACGUGAGCGUAAGUGAAGACAUAGCCUACAGUUUUAUUUGUCAAAAUGAAAAAGGAAAAUGUUUUAGGUUAUUGAAAGAAAGAAAGAAAGAAAGAAAGAAAGAAAGAAAGAAAGAAAGAAAGAAAGAAAGAAAGAAAGAAAGAAAGAAAGAAAGAAAGAAAGAAAGAAAGAAAGAAAGAAAGAAAGAAAGAAAAAAUCAAAGGCAUAUCUACAGAUGAUACAAAAGUAGCUGGUUGAGUUUUUCUAUAAUAAUAAAUAAUUUCUGGUAAAUAAUAUAAUUAUUUAUCUAUGCAGUAUGAUUUUGUUUUUAUAAUUAUUUCUGACUUGUGUAUGUAGAAUCCUGAGUAUUUUUUUUACGCAUGUUUAUGUCAUUUUUAAAACAAGAUUUUGUUUUUUGUUUGUUUGAUUGAUUGUGCAACAUGUACCUGCAACUGUGAAUCAAGUGCCUGGAAAAUGACGAACAAUGUUCUAAUAUCAAGUCAUUUGAAGCAUUUGAAUAAAAAUAUUUUUCAAAAGAGCUUUUGAGCAAAUGUCCUGUUUCAUAGUAACUAAGUUUAAAUCAUCAAAAUGCUCAUUUUAAUUUUAAAACCCUGAUUAUGUUGUUAAAGUGCAAACCUAUCCAUCCAUCCAUUAUCCACCACAAUUAUCUCUUGUAAGGUGCUUCCAGCCUUCAUUGUUUUCUUUCAAACAAUGGAUAAG